GAAAAGGAAAUGUUUGAACCCCAUGCUGUGUUUGAGGAUGCUCAAUUUGAAGGCGGUAUGCGUGUUCCUGGCGAACUGUGGAAUAAUUUGUUUGAUUAUCAGAAAACAUGUGUCCAAUGGUUGUGGGAAUUGCAUUCUCAAAAGGUCGGGGGCAUCAUUGGUGAUGAAAUGGGGUUGGGAAAGACGAUUCAAAUCAUUGCGUUCCUCGCCGGAAUUUACUAUUCCAAGGUGCUCGGUCCGGGUCUGCCAUCAAUGAUUGUGUGUCCUGCUACGGUCAUGAAGCAGUGGAUCCAAGAGUUUCACCACUGGUGGCCACCCUUGCGUGUGGCUAUUCUUCAUUCAAGCGGUAGCGGCGUUCGGAAUGUCGAUACCAGCGUCGAUAGGGAUGCCAUGGAUGAGCUGAAUCUGUUACAGGAAAUGGAAGAAGAAGAGGAAGAAUACGAACCUGAUCGACGAGGGGCUUACGGCAAACGACAAAAAAGUCGCACCAAAUCCAAUCUGUUGCACACUCGCACAGGCAAAAAUGCCGCUGCUCUUGUCGAUCGGUUUGUGAAAAACGGCGGCAUCUUAAUCACCACCUACAGUGGUGUGCAAACCUACCGAGAGAUCCUUUUAAAACAUCGUUGGGGUUAUGUUGUGCUGGAUGAAGGCCACAAAAUACGAAAUCCAGAUUCCGAAACCACGCUGGCGUGUAAGCAAUUCAAGACCCCUCACCGCAUCAUCCUGUCAGGCACACCUAUUCAAAACAAUCUAAAAGAACUAUGGUCGUUGUUUGAUUUCAUCUUUCCUGGUCGACUAGGCACACUGCCUGUAUUCCAAACCCAAUUCUCGGUACCCAUCAACAUUGGUGGUUACGCCAAUGCUACGAAUGUGCAAGUGCAAACAGCGUACAAAUGUGCGUGUAUGCUUCGUGAUCUGAUUAAUCCUUAUUUGCUGCGACGCAUGAAGGUCGACGUAGCCUCCGACUUGCCGAAAAAGAAUGAGCAGGUCUUAUUCUGUAAAUUAACCAAACCACAACGUCAAGCUUAUCUUCGGUUUAUUCAUUCCAAAGAUAUGGAUGCGAUCCUCGAGCGCCGUCGACAAGUAUUGUACGGUAUCGACAUUGUUCGCAAGAUAUGUAAUCAUCCGGAUAUUGCCGAUCUAUCCAUCCCUCGCACGGAUCCUGAAUAUGGCGAUCCUGAAAAGAGCGGCAAAAUGGUGGUGGUGCGUGCCUUGUUGAAUAUGUGGAAGCAACAAAAACAUCGUGUUCUUCUUUUCUGCCAGACACGUCAGAUGUUGGAUAUCAUUGAAAUGAUGGUCAGAAGUCUUCGCUACAACUAUCUGCGAAUGGAUGGUACCACGCCCGUUCACCAUCGCAUGGCGCUUGUCCAUGAAUACAACAUGCAGCCCAACAUUUAUGUGUUUCUUUUGACCACCAAGGUGGGCGGCCUCGGUCUCAAUUUAACAGGUGCCGAUCGUGUUAUAUUAUUUGAUCCCGAUUGGAACCCUUCCACCGAUAUGCAAGCAAGAGAACGCGCAUGGCGUCUCGGUCAGAAAAAGGAUGUCACCAUCUAUCGUUUGAUGACCAGUGGCACCAUUGAAGAAAAAAUAUACCAUCGGCAAAUCUACAAGCAGUUCUUGACCAACAAAAUUCUCAAAGAUCCGAAACAAAAGCGCUUUUUCGAUGCUAGUAACUUGAAAUCGCUCUUUACCUUGGGCGCGGAAGAUGCGUCCGGAACAGAAACAGGACAACUGUUUGAAGGCUCAGAGAUCAAAUAUAAUGCGAAAGAACCAGGAAGUGACCAAACGAAACGCAAACGACGACGGAAAGGAAAGAACGAUGAUGAUGAACGGCAACUGAAAUCCAUCAGCGGAGUGAGCGGCACCCAUCGAACCGGAACUGAAGGCGAAUCAUCAGGGGCGGAUGACAAUGUUUUAAAAAGUCUGUUUGAAAUGACGGGAAUUCAAAGCGCUUUGCAGCAUGAUCAGAUCAUGGAAUCGGCUUCGCAAGAUACCUUGUUUGUUGAACGAGAAGCUACGAUUAUUGCGGAACGUGCCGCGGCGGCCUUGAAGGAGUCGAGGAAACAGCGACGCUUGGCCGAUAUCGGGACGCCGACAUGGACAGGUCGUUCGGGAUCGGCGGGAGCUCCACGACCUCUCAUGGACCGCUCUGCCACGCCUCCACCUCGUUUCGGCAACAAGAUCAAGCCGGUUCUCAGCGUUCAGCGAAGUUUUUCAGAGACUCGUUCGAUACCGUCUUCUCCUUCCAACCCACCUGCCAGAUUUGGGUCGGGUUCUGUUUCCGGAUUCAAAGGUGUUGCAGGACCCAAACAUGGGGUGGUGGCUUCCAGUUCACUGUUAGCUCAGAUGAGAGAACGAAAAGCCAUGGAACAAGCCCCCACCGCCCCUUCUUCCGUGACGCCUUCUACAUGUAUGUGACAUUUUAAUGCAGGCAGUGUACAACCAAAUAUAACCUAACCUCUGAAAUACUCGAUGUUUAUUUUUUGUCUAGUAUCUCCUGACAUCCUUCAUCAAGGAACUCAAGAAGGGCUCAUUGUGAAAAUUCGUGAUUACCUUUCUGCUCACGGCGGGAAAGCGCGAAGC